GCAAAACAGUAGUGGAAGAUGGAAGAAACGAAAUAGCAAGAAAUGCACAAACAAUGCAGCAGAUUGUUCCCGACCAUGUCCCAUUUCCUUGUAAUGUAACCGGUAGCAGGUCGCAAGAAGUACCAAAUUCGAUACAUAAAUUAAGGCCGGGCGAUAUCGAUGUCAUUGCAGCAAUGGGUGACUCGCUAACGGCUGGAGCUGGGAUUUUCGCAAAUAACCUAUUUCAAAUACUGGUAGAAAAUAGAGGAGUUACGGCGCUUGGCGGAGGUCAAGGCACAUGGAGACAAUAUGUGACCCUUCCAAAUAUCUUUAAGGUCGAACCAUUCAUCGAUUUUUCUCGGAAUCGUAUUUUUUCUCACGUAAUCGCUAGCUCACAUACGAGGUCUGUUCAAAAAGUAUUGCUAAUUUUGAAUUUCCGCGGGUUACGUAUAUUCGAUUUUCGAUUUUUUUAUGGCG